GCUAGAGUAGUAUGAUGGUGGUGUUUGAGCCAUGUCAGUUUUGUCAAUAAGUUAUUUUGUUGUUUUUGCUCAGUUUCUGACUUGUGGUACCCAUCCUGAGACUGGUUUGUCAGCCACAUAGUCAAGUCAUCCUCCUCCUCCUUCUUCCUCCUCAACAAAUAUGGAGCAUCCAUUCAGACCACCAGUCCAACCACCGCCACCAUCUAGAUCGACCGAGACACCGAUGGACUUCACCUACGACAAAUCAUCUGCCAGCUCAAGUUGUCUGUCAUCCAACGAACGACCUAAAUCGAUGAUCCGACCCUUGGUAGUGAUCGACCAGAAUGGCAACCACCGAGUAGGAGUCGAUGGACGAAACAAUUUACUAUCAAGCCAGAGUCAUGAGCAGCUCCGGACUAUUGAGAACAAGACCUCGACGGCUUGGUUUGCUUCGCUCCGGCCAUCCGCUGAGCCACCCAGGAAGAGGUUACAUUGCGAGACCGAGAGUAUGGACUGGGAGACUUGUCCACCCGAGCCCAAACCUAAAUCAUUCCCCAGCUCAAAUCCUACAUCAACAACAACAACCAAGCAACUCUCGCUGCCCACGCCUCCCGUCUACACUGCCCCCUCCUCCUCACUCACCUCACCACAAAAGAUCGGCCCAGCAUCAUACGGCCUGCAACAACGUCCAGGCUCGGUCUAUCGCGACGAUCAAGAGGCCGACUCGAGCGUCGAUAUCGACCAGCUCGUCCUCCAGCCCGCCGGCCCUUCCUACAUGUACUCCAACCAAAGCCCGGCCAAACACGAAAACCGGAGACGGACGCGUGCCCAGAAACAACUCCGCUCGAAACUCGGCUCGUUCAGCUUGAAUAGCGACAAUGAGGAGGACUCUGACGUCGAGGUGGUCUCGUCUCAACAGCGGAAUCUGGUCGUCAAACAGCCCAAAGGCUCACGGAAACGUCUCGAUCGGACCAAAUCUGACCCAGUAACAACUAACAACUAUCUGACUAUCAACGGCUGGAAGGGUGCCGAUGGUGUCCAACAACAACAACAACAACAAAACCCGAGUCGAUUAUCAACCGAUACACCAUACAUCCUACUAGUCUAUCUGCAACUACUCUUCAACUCCUCGCUAGUCUUUGUCGGCCUUUAUCUGGCCAUCAAUCUCAUCCUCAUCAUCCGCACCGACAUCAACCAUAAAGUGUUGGUCCAUACCAAUCGAUUGCGACAAGAGAUCGACCUCUGUACGAAGGAAUACCAUAGUAAUCGCUGUUAUCCCGUCAACCAACGCACCCAAUUCAUCGAGAAACAUUGCAUCCAAUGGGAGGAAUGUAUGGCGCGUAAUCCCAACCUCAUCAGUCGCUCGAAAAUCGGCGCUGAAACUUUUGCCGAAGUCAUGAACGGCUUUGUCGAUGUUAUCUCUUGGAAAACAAUGUUAUUCAUAUUCCUAUCGAUUGGGGCAGGAAUUUACGCGACGAAUCUCGCGAUGAACAACUACAAAUCCAAAUGGGAACCUCCCAAUCACCACCAUCACCAUCGACAUCAUCCACAUCCGAAACCCUCUUCGUCUUCGUCUUCUUGGGCACCCCGAUUGAACCAGCAAACUGAUGACUCUCAUCAUCAUACUGAGAAUCAAGCCCUUGAUCCUAUCGCUGUCUUUGCUCGUAACCAGAAAAAAUAAUCUCCUCAUCUCGCUUUCUCUCUCGGAUCACUCACUCAUGUUCAUCACUGGUUUUAUGACCUUCUUAGAUGCCUUCUUGGCCUGUCCCCCCCCCCCUCAACUGUUCCCAUGGGUUUGUAUUUUUGUAUGGAUGCAUACAAUUUUUGCUUUUUUUUCUGUUUGUUUAUUGGUUUUCUUCUCUCUUCUUCUCCAUCAUCUUUCUUUUCUCCAUUCAAAAAAAACAGUUCCUUUUUUUCUUCAUCUUCUUUGUAUCAAGCCUCACCCAUUCCAUUUUCCCCUACACUAGUAUUAUAAUCCUAAAAUAAAAAUAAAAAGUUCACUAUCAUGCUAGCUCCCAUCUUAUAAUCAAUCAAUUCCUUUCUACCCAUCUUCCCAAAAAACAUUUAUAGAAAUCUAUGGUGUCUUUUCUCAGGUCAG